AUGGUUAAAGUGACUCUAGACAACGUUAAACUGUUGGUUGAUAUCGACAGGGAACCCAAGUUUUCUCCUUCCAAGACGACAGUGGCCGACAUAUUGACCAAAGAUGCUUUGGAAUUUAUUGUGUUACUUCACAGAACUUUCAAUGAAAGACGGAAACAAUUGCUGAAGAACAGACAAACAGUGCAGAAAAAGCUAGACUCUGGAAACUACUCGUUGAACUUCUUGCCCGAAACUGAGAAUAUCAGAAACGAUCCAACCUGGCAGGGUGCGAUUCCAGCGCCUGGUAUGAUCAACAGAUCAAGUGAGAUCACGGGUCCUCCUCUAAGAAACAUGCUUGUCAAUGCAUUGAACUCCGAAGUUAACACAUACAUGACCGAUUUCGAGGAUUCUGCAUCACCAACGUGGGAGAACUGUAUCUACGGGCAGGUGAACCUGUACGACGCGAUCAGAGAUCAAGUCAACUUUAAGACCCCCAGAAAGGAGUACAAGUUGAAAGCUCCUAUUUCCGAGUUGCCCACGCUGAUUGUGCGUCCUCGUGGAUGGCACAUGGUUGACAAGCAUUUAUUAGUGGAUGACGAGCCUAUUUCUGCGUCCAUUAUGGACUUCGGUCUCUACUUCUAUCACAAUGCGUUUGCAUUGCUCAAGAUCGGUAAGGGCCCUUAUUUCUAUCUACCCAAGAUGGAGCAUCAUUUGGAAGCCAAGUUGUGGAACGACAUCUUCAAUGUGGCACAGGACUAUAUCGGGAUGCCCCGCGGUACCAUCAGAGCUACAGUGCUAAUUGAAACGCUGCCCGCAGCUUUCCAAAUGGAGGAAAUCAUUUACCAAUUGAGAUACCACUCCUCUGGGUUGAAUUGUGGCCGUUGGGAUUAUAUCUUCAGCACAAUCAAGCGUCUAAGAAACCUGCCUGGUCAUGUUUUGCCCAACAGAGACUUGGUCACCAUGACCUCACCCUUCAUGGAUGCCUACGUCAAGAGAUUAAUCAACACCUGCCACAGACGUGGUGUGCACGCCAUGGGUGGUAUGGCUGCGCAGAUCCCAAUUAAGGACGAUCCAAAGGCUAACGAGGCCGCGAUGGCCAAGGUGCGCAACGAUAAGAUCAGAGAGUUGACCAAUGGUCACGACGGGUCGUGGGUCGCUCACCCUGCUUUGGCGCCUAUUUGCAAUGAAGUUUUCAGCAACAUGGGUACCGCCAACCAAAUUCACUACGUUCCUGAGACCACCGUCACUGCUUCCGAUUUAACCAAUACCAAAAUCGAAGGCGCAGAGGUUACCGUUGCAGGUAUUGUGCAAAACCUUGACAUUGGGUUGCAAUAUAUGGAGGCCUGGCUCAGAGGCUCUGGUUGUGUGCCAAUCAACAACCUGAUGGAGGAUGCUGCCACCGCUGAAGUUUCACGUUGCCAGCUCUACCAAUGGGUCACACACAAGGUGAAGCUCAGCGACACUGGCGAACAGGUCACACCUGCUCUCACCAAGCGCAUUCUAGAGGAGCAGGUGGCAAAAUUGUCAGCUGCUAGCCCGCUCGGCGACAAGAACAAGUUUGCAUUGGCAGCCAAGUACUUCUUGCCUGAAAUUACUGGCGAAAAAUUCAGCGAGUUCCUCACCACUUUGCUGUACGAUGAAAUCGUCACUGCUAAGUCCGCACCAACUGACCUGGCUAAGUUGUAA